AUGGAUCCCCCCUUGGAUGAAAAUGUCCGCCCUGGCGAGGCUGCCUGGUGUGAUACACCUAGCCCCUUACGCGCUCGUGGGUUCACAGGGAGCAAGGAGGAUAUCCAAGCUGCUAGCGCAUAUCUCUUCUGUGACGCCGCAGCAAGACUCCAACAGCAAAACCUCGAUCAGAUCAACUAUCAGGCAGAAACAUCAGAGUCAACUCCAAGGAACGCCAAUUCUGCACCGUUCAAAGAAGACGAUCUCAACGAAGGUAAUCCGGAGUUAACGUCGUAUCUGCAAUCAGAGGACUACCAAUCUUUUUCCACCCAAAACCAAUCAGGUGAUGCGCAUUGCAUUAGUUCAUUCGAAACACAUCACUCAAACCAGUCACAUUCGACCUUAGCUUCAAGCGAAGAGCUUGACCCGGAUCUCCAUCCUCCUUCGCCUACUGCAAGAUUUUCGAAGAGGGUUUUUGCAAGUGAAGACACACCAAACGCUCGUCAACAAUUUAACCCAUUACCUAAUUCCAAGGCGACUGGGAAGGUCUAUGAGGAAUUCCCUAAGUUUCAAGAACAUCAGCCUUUUUCUUCGAUAAACAAUUUAGAGCCUCACUUUCGUCAUCACCCAUUCAGACGUGCCUUCACUACCGAAAACCAUUACAAUUACGAGGACCAUUCCGCCACAGAUUCCAAAUAUAGACAAUAUCCGCGUCCUAGACGGGUCUACACACGUGGCGAAUUUCAAGAGAGGACUAGGGAGCUCCUGAAACACGACACCAAGCCCGGUGGUUUCAACGACUUCGAUCCCGAUUUCUCGAAUCGUACACCCGCAAGAGCGACUGUCCUCAAACAAGCCCGAUCAUUCCAGGAUCCACGAUCUCUCACAGUCCCCUUACCGAAGCCGAGGCGUGACUUUGAAUCAGCUUCACGCCAGCGUUCUGCGACUGUUCCCAAGAGACCACCACGUCCUCUUCAGAAACGCGAAGUUAAGACUAACCCAUUUCCUCAACCACAUCACUUUUCAACUCUAAACCCCAAAACUCAAUUCAAUCCCUUGAACUUUGUCCCUGGUGGAGUCAACUCGUCUGGCCAUCUUUAUCUGCCAGCCCCAGGACGCCAACCCUGUAACCGACCCGAGCCCGAUCAAGGCCCACCCGUUAAAGUCCCAUCCGAACCACACGUUUUCCACGGCCAGAGCGACGUUGGUUUUCCUUUAAAUACACCAAACAGCGUUGGGCCUUCGCAUUCUGAUCCGUUUCCAACUCCAUCUCAACCUAUCUUCCAUCUCGAGUUACCUACCACACCUGAAAUCAAAAAUCGAAAGCGCAAGAAGAGCGGAGCUCGGAGAUUUACUUCAUCUCUUAAGAGGUUUUUCUUUCGUAAAACUAAAUCCGAACCCGAAAAUACUGCAUCUUCCGUCUCUUUCACUCAGGGUGAGACUAAUCCUGCACAAGCUCCGCAGGCCGAGGAGCAGCCAAAGGAUCUCAAUCCGGCUCCGGCUGCCCGAUUUGAAGUGCAAUUCAGGGACGCUGAUCCUGUCCAAGCCGCACAGUUUGAGGAACAACUUAGAGGCGUUGAUUCCGCACAAGCUGCACAGUUCGAGGAAGAAUUAAGGAAGCCGUUCAUUACUGUAACUGUCGACCCUCCUCCUGAAGACGAUAUACCUAGCCCACCACAACAAAAUACGCCCACCAUGUUUUCCGCGGGGCAUCUUGAUCCGUCAUCGGCCAUGCUUGCCAUCACUAAGCAAAAAUCUGAGGCUAUGCGUCUUGCUCGAGAGCAAGGCCUUGCUGUCAGAGAAAUGUGUCGAAGGGCAAAGUCAGAAAUUCCACCAUACACAUUCGAAGAACUAAUUGGAAAAGGUUCAUACGGUCGUGUGUACAAAGGACACCAUCUUCCCACAAAGUCUGUGGUCGCCAUCAAAGUUAUGGAUAUUGAUAACCUUGAUUAUGAGACAACGAGAGACUUCAAGGAUGAGUCAAUCAAGGAUUUUAUUCACGAGACAAAAGUUAUGUCGCAAGUUAAAGAUGCUGGUGCAAAGAAUAUUAAUAUUUUUAUUGAGGCAGUGUCAAUACACUCCCAGCUUUGGCUUGUUACGAACAUGUAUAAUUUAACGGCAUACUUCAAACAGAUGCGAGCAACUGGUGAUAAACUGGAAGAGAGAUUCAUAAUUCCUAUCGCACGCGAGGUGGCUGAGGGCCUGAAGGCAAUCCAUGAUGCUGGGAUUAUACACAGAGAUGUCAAAGCUGGUAAUAUUUUAAUCCACGAAGAGGGCAAUAUUCAAAUUUGCGAUUUCGGUGUUGCAGGCGUACUUCAAAGCCAACGCGACAAGCGCUCGACCUGGAUUGGUACACCGCAUUGGAUGCCUCCAGAGCUAUUCCCUAACAAGCCUGGCGAUGAAGUCCAUCCAUAUGGCAAUGAAAUCGAUGUUUGGGCAUAUGGCUGCACACUUUUUGAAUGCGCCACCGGUAACCCACCCAACGCAACUCUCAGAGAAAGAAUGCAGAUCGGGCGUCAACUUAAUCGUUUCACUCCAAGACUCGAUGGUGAGAAUUACUCUGAGGAAUUGUGCGCAAUUGUUUCCUACGCAUUGGAUGCAGAUCCUAGGACUAGGCCUGCUAUGGGCGAUAUCCUUAACCACCCAUACAUUGCCGGCUCCGAGCAAACCCAUCCAACCGAGGGUUUAAGGGAGCUUGUGAAAAUAUACUACCAGUGGUCCCAGCGUGGAGGCCAGCGAAUAUCAUUGUUCAACCCUGGCGGUGCUGUGGCUGCAGAAAUGCCUGGAGAAAAAGGUCCCGAGGAGGAUGAAGCAUGGAACUUUAGUACAACCGAAGGGUUCGAAAAGCGGUUUUCCAUAAUUGAUUUAGAUCAACUUUCUGCGUCUCUCGCUGCCCUGGAAACCGAGCAAGAUCCAGAACCAACCUAUAAUUUAUUCGAUCAAUUUAACGCGGAGCCCGAAGAAAGAGAACUCACAGAGGAAGAGAAGGUAAACUUUGACGAGAGAGUGAAGCGAGGUGCAGCUGCUAUGGAGGGAAUAUUCGACGAGGCAAAGCCAAACUACAAGUACGAAACAAAAAACGACUUUGUCCCCGUCGAGCAGACACGCAAAUUUACGGACCUACCAUUAAGGACUGAGACGGAUCGAUCGUCCGUUGCUUCCACAUUUAUUGAUAUUAACCUUGGAGUUUACGACUCAUCUCACUAUGCAUCGGCAUCAGGAACGGCCAAUCCGCCAUUCCAACUUGCUGAUGCUGAUACUAUCCGUGCCCACCGGUCAAGUAGUCGAUCAUAUCGUAACUCCUCCAGUGCGGGCAGCGAAUCGCAAGAAGAAUUCCCACAAAUACGCGGCCCGCGACCCCCAACAAUGGACUGGAAAUUUCCAACUACUGCCUCAAGCAUUGAGGAGAAUGAUAGUCCAAACCCGGCAGAUGACAAUAUUGCUCCACACGACAUUGAGCCCCUCGAACCGCGCGAAGACAAGCGAGAUACAAGGGCAUGGACAUUCCCAGUUAUGACGGCAGGGGAUGAUGGGCCGGGUGAUGAUGGUCCUGGAGAUGAGCCAAUUGAUGAGACCGUCCACGCCGGGACUCCAAGUGACUGGAGCUCAGAUAAUGAAAGCACUACUGCUGAGGCUAUGUUUCCUCUUCAGCAUUCGCCACGCAUUCGUAACAGGAGCAUCGGCGAACCAGGCCAUCGCACUAUGGAAUCUGAAUCACGCCCAUCUACGUCAGAUUCUAUGCAAUCUUCUGUCUCCGAUGCAGACUAUGACCCAUUCCGAUUAGACAGAGAGUCAACGGUAUCCGUGCCUGAAACCCAUACCCAGAGGCAACCACUAGCAAAAGCCCCGCCGAUAAAAGAGCCUGACUACCCUUAUUAUCAUCGGGAUUUUGAUUAUGGUAACAACCAUCCUGGCCCAAACACCUUAUCCAACGGCUAUGAGGAGAGCCAUGUGGGCAGCUUUCCAGAGAGUAUAGUCCUCAGGAAUGGCCAUGUCCCAAGGGCAUCUAUAGCUCGCUCAGAAAGAUCAUCGUUAUACACUCAAAACGGCACAGAGGCCUUUAGCCCCCCCGCAACAAUAGUGAAUACCGCCUCGCCUCGUUUUCCAGAGCCUAGACCUCCAAGCAUGGAGAGUCUAAUGGAAGGUGCCAGUGAUGAAGUCGUUACCGCAGAACUGGAUCGUUUAUUUGGAGAACUAAUGCACGGACUAGCAGCAACUGGGGAGGCGAUUCAGUCGGUUGACACCGCAAAAGCUGCAGAAAGUGAUGUGCAACCGGAGUCACCAUGA